AUGAAGUUCUCCAUCGCCUUCGUUCUCAGCACUGCCGCCGCUGCCCUCACCAUCUUUUCCUCCGUUCAGGCUGCCGCCAUCCCUACACCCGUCGAGAUCCAGAAGCGUGACAUCGAAGGCCUGAACAACUAUGCCUGCAAGCUGACACCUGCCCAUCCUAGGCCUCUGUUGCUAGUCCACGGUACGGCCUUGGACGUGAGCGCUUGGUCAACCUGGGCACCUCUCCUCAUCAAGGAAGGCUACUGCGUCUUUGGACAGACUUACGGAAAGUACAAGAAUAUCCCUCUUCUCGCAGCCAUUGCACCCAUUGAGGACAGUGCUCAGGAAGUCGCCAACUUUGCCAACGAUGUCCUGACCAGGAUGAACGCCACCCAGCUCGACUACAUUGGUCACUCUCAGGGUGGAAUCCUGGGUCGCUAUUGGAUCAAGUACCUCGAUGGAGCUGGAAAGAUCAACCGAAUGAUCGGUGUCUCGCCCAUCCAGCAUGGAACCACCUUGGAUGGAGUCACCACCCUCGCCAGUGCCCUUCAUAUCCUGAAAUCCGGUCAACCACUCCUUGACUCCGUCGCCCCCGCCCUCUACCAGAUGAUUGUCGGAUCGCCUUUUAUGCAGAAGCUGAACGCUGGCGGAGACACUUCCCCUGGCGUGAUUCAAUCCAACAUUGCAACCCGUUACGAUGAAGUCGUGACCCCCUGGAAGACUUGCUACCAGGACGCCCCCGGCGUCACCAACACCCUCCUCCAAGACCUUUGCCCGAUUGCCCUCAACGAGCACUUGGCCAUUAUCUACUCCAAGAUCGCUCUGCGAUGGGCAUUGAACCAGCUUGACCCCUCUACCGCCAAGACCGCUAACUGCCUCUCUGUCUUCUAA